GUCUGGGAGACACAGAGCGUGAUUUUUUGGUUAGAGGAACAUAAAAUCAAAAAUGCAGGAUCCGAACGAAGACACUGAGUGGAAUGACAUCCUCCGAAAGAAAGGCAUUCUUCCACCAAAAGAGACGCCGAAGGAGGAUGAAGAAGAGGAGCAGAUUUUACUACAACAGUCCGUCGUGAAAACGUACGAAAGCAUGACACUGGAGGAGCUGGAGGAGAAUGAAGAUGAGUUCAGCGAGGAAGAUGAGGCUGCUAUUGAGAUGUACAGACAGAAGAGACUUGCAGAGUGGAAGGCUAACCAGAUAAAGAACAUUUUUGGGGAGGUGAACGAGAUCUCCGGUCAGGAUUACAUACAGGAAGUGAAUAAAGCCGGCCAGGGUAUCUGGGUGGUUCUGCACCUCUACAAACAGGGAAUCCCACUGUGUACGCUGAUAAACCAGCAUCUCUCCGUGCUGGCCCGGAAGUUUCCGCAGACCAAGUUCCUCAAGUCCAUCUCCACGACCUGCAUCCCGAACUACCCGGACAGGAACCUGCCCACGCUCUUCGUGUACUUUGAGGGGGAGAUGAAAGCUCAGUUCAUCGGGCCCCUCGUCUUUGGAGGCAUGAACCUCAAAUGCGACGAGCUGGAGUGGCGGUUAGCGGAAAGUGGCGCUGUUAAGACCGAGCUGGAGGAGAACCCCAGAAAACAGAUCGAAGACAAGCUCAUGGGCUCCAUCCGCUGCUCCGUCCCCAGCCGCAGAGACAGUGAUGAAGAUGAGGACGACGAUGAUUAAACCCGUCACUUUCACGGGAGCUGCGUUCACGGCGGCUGAAUGUUUGGAGCGAACGUUUUAUGAACAGCGCUGUUGAUUUGAACGCCGUUCUUUUGAACACCGCAGCCCCUCGCCAAAGUUAAACUUUGAACAGAAGAAGUACUCACGCCCUCUCUACGUCAACGGAAACCUGCUAAGAAAUAAUUUGAUAUCUUAACACCCACCAUGUUCAAAAUGGUAGCUGGAUGGUUCUGUGUGUUCUUCAACACAGCCCUUACCUCACUCCAGUACAUCUUCAUAACGCUUGGUUAGGAGUGCGCCCCCUAGGGGCUCUAAUGUCCAACUGCACUCUGAACCCUUGGACUGAUGUUGAAACUCACUACCAUCAAGAGACUGACAGAAAUCACCAGAGCCCAACCCUACUGCCUUUCUGAUAAAAGGAUUAAGGAAUUUGUCCUCAUAUAUGCUACCAUAAUGAAUAUUUUUUUAUUUUAUUUUUGUGUUUCAUAAUAUGACAGAUUCACAUGUUUUAAAGUUUCAGUUUAUUUAACUCUGUUCCCAUCAUCUGAACAAUGUUUUUUUUUUUUUAAUUUAACGGUUCAUCACAUUUAAAAAAAAACAAAAAAAAACAGAAGAAAAGGAGAUUCCAACUGAAUUUGCCAAGAAAAUGUGUACGAUGUUUCAAUUACAUUUCCAUCACGUGUUCUUUUUUUUUCCCGGCCAAGCAUUCGAGCUGAUCCAUUCACGUGAAAACAAUAAACGCUCACACUGGCAGCAGCUGCUUUCUAA